CGUGGUAGGAUAACGUUGUGAUCAGAAGCGCCUCAGAGCAAGAUUCCGUACAAAUACAUGUCAACACAACGCGCGUCCGCCAGUGCAUGUGGUCAUGAAAGCCCUUAGCUUCAGUACUAUUACAGAUCAUGGUGGCAUCAACAAUCGUGCAUCCGUUGGUCCUACUCUCUGUUACUGAUCACCAUGCGCGUACGGUCUCGCGUACUUCAUCAAAGCGUGUUGUUGGGGUUCUUUUGGGCCAGGACAAUGGCAAGACCGUUAACGUUGCCAAUUCAUUUGGAAUCCCGUUCGAGGAGGAUGAAAGAGACAGCAAGACGUGGUUCCUAGACCAUAACUAUAUUGAGGGGAUGUAUGAUAUGUUCAAGAAACGGUACAUUGCGAAACCAGUGAUGGUUAUCGUUGAUGUACGACCGCAGGCCGUCGGAAUCCCGACGGAUGCGUACUUUGCGGUAGAAGAGAUCAAAGACGACGGCACGGAAACACGAAAGACAUUCCUUCACGUCCCUUCUGCAAUAGAGGCUGAAGAGGCUGAGGAGAUUGGUGUCGAACAUCUCCUGCGCGAUAUCAAAGAUUCAACGACCACUACCCUCUCAACACGCGUUUCUGAGCAACUCGCAUCACUUCAAGGGCUUCAAUCCCGACUACGAGACGUGCACAAGUAUCUGCUGGAUGUUGCAGCGGGUACGAUGCCAGUCAAUCACCAAAUAAUUUACCAUCUCCAAGACGCACUCAACCUACUUCCUGACUUGAGCAAUUCGGUGACAACACAGAGUUUCGCAUCGAGCACAAAUGAUCAAUUACUCGUGGUGUAUCUGAGUAGUCUUCUACGUGCUGUUAUCGCGUUACAUGCUCUGGUGGACAACAAAGCCACGAUAGGGCGAGCAGAGCAAGAAGAAGGCAUGGAUGAAAAGGACAAGGACAAAAAGACGGUCAACGGCGACGCGAAAAAGUCGGAGGAUACCAAGAAGGAUGGGGAGAAGGGAAAGGACUCGGAUAAGAAGGACGCAGAUAAAGGACUAUGAUUAAUUCGCUAUAUGUUCUAUCGUUGCUAUCACCGGCACGACUACUUCACAUUGCUGUGCAGAAGCACCUUGCAUACAUAGUUUUCCCAAAAUUGGUUGAACAUGUGAUGAGCACGUGCCCGAUGAAGUGCCGUUGUGCUUAUGGAAGCGCUUUUCUUUUUUCAUUCACCACUUCGAGGCUUUUUUUGUGUCCC